AAAUGAACAUUAGGUUUGCUCAUGUCGCCAUCUGGUGUUCAGACACCGUAACAGCAAUAAGAGGGGAACUACAGGAAAAACUACCAAGGACCAGAGAUCAUCGGUUAACCUUGCAAUCCACUUGCUUGAUUUGAGAUGAAGAAUAAACCACUUUUAGGUUAUUUUUAUAUUAUCUGUAACUUCCUUGAAUUGCGCCUCUGUGACAGUUGGUGUUUCAUCCGCCGUCAAGCCUACAUGUAUCAUCUUACUUAAAUAUUUUUGGUUGCUGAGUGAGAGGAGGUAUAAUAUGAAUUCGCCAUGGGCCAAAUUUUACACAAAUACGUAGUUUGUUGGUCGUGUUAAUGUGUGGUUCAUGUUCUCCAACGAACAAAUAAAUAUUUUUUUCGCCUCAGAAUUUGGUCUUUUAUUAUGUAAUGAAGAAAGAAAACAAUAUUCAAGGUCUGGUCGGCCUAUUGGGUAGUUGGUGUAUUUCAUAACAAAGGCUUCUGUUCUAUGUAUAUGUCUUAAUUAUAGUCUUUUCUGUAAAACAAACUACCGUUGUAUAUUAUGCAUGCAUAUAUAAUGCAUUUUAUAUUCCGUCAUUAAUUGGUCAGGCUUAUUUAUUCUAACCUAUUUCAGUAAGCGUAAUGGGUGAGCCACUAUUUUCAAACGCCUUUUCAUUUUUUUGUCAACAGUGGCUUUCCGUAUUGUGUAUUGCAAGCCAGUGCAGGUUGCCUUUCUGGUCAAGCAUAUAGAUACAUGCUGCCAGAUGCUAGCGAUGAACAUGUUUGGAAAGCUCUCUCAGUUCCACACCUGCGUUUCAUCUUCGAGGACCAAUGCCUAGAAUUAACAAGACCGUGAUUCUCGCCCUACUCAUUGCAACAAGCUCGAUAUUUCUGCUGUUCCAGUUGUAUUAUUACCGACAGUACAUAUCAAAGAAUGGCCUGCAUGUUUUCGGUGGUCAAGGUUCCAUGUCAGGCAGUGAUGCACAAAGGCACCUGAUAAAGAGGUUCCUCGGGUUGGUGCACAAGUACAGCCUGCCUGUCUUCCUGGUGGACGCAGUCUCGCUGGACCUGCUUUCCCAAGAUACCCUUCUGCUGAAGGAGAGCAAGCUGAAGGAACCCCACUGCCUCUUCCUAUGCACCCACAGAGAGUUUACCACCUUUGCCCUGCUCGGAAACCUCUGGAAGUACGAUGCUAACCUGAUUGAGGCAGCUGAGGAACGGGGUAUGGAGGUCCUCGAGAUCCGAGGGAAGGACCCCCGGCUCGUUAGCAUGGACGACCUGGCAGGAAACGACAUUCCCCUCCACUUCCUGUUCAAGAAGGGUGGCCGGCUGGUGCACCUGGUGGUCCUGUACGAGCGCACCGGGAAGUAUCUGUGGCAUGGCCCUCUCAGACUGAAGCCCAAUAUAGACAGGAAGUUCGCCCCCUUCAGGAAGCUGGAUUAUGGCCGCCAUGCAGGAGCCUACAAUAGGCCUGAGCUGGCAUUGACCAUGGUGGACGGGCUGGACGUGCGAAUCCCGCGGAACUUCUCGUAUUUUCUGAAAGAACAUUCCCAGGCCCGCUUCCUGGAGUGUCCCUUCAGAGAGGCACGUGCAUUCUAUCAGCUGUACCCAGAUGAUCUGUCACCAGAGGCCAUGGACUUCAGGAUGAAGGCCAAGAGCCUGCUGCACCUGGCCGCUAGAACACUCUACGAGCUUGGAGUUCCCUUCUGGCUCAGCAGCGGAACCUGCUUAGGCUGGUUCCGGCAGUGUAGUAUAAUUCCCUACAGUAAAGAUGUAGACCUGGGCAUCUGGAUCAAGGACUACAGACAUGACAUCACACAAGCGUUUCAGAAAGCAGGGCUCCCACUCAAACACAAGUUUGGAAAGGUGGAGGACAGUCUGGAGCUAUCCUUCCAGGGCUUGGACGUGAAGUUGGACAUCUUCUUUUUCUACGACGAAGGGGAGACGGUGUGGAACGGAGGCACGCAGGCGAAAAGCGGCAAGAAAUUCAAAUAUGUGUUCCCCAGAUUUCAGCUGUGCUGGACAGAGCUACUGGAGCUGAAGGUGCGGGUCCCCUGUCAAACUCUGGAUUACAUACAGGCCAACUACGGCCCUGACUGGAACGUUCCGGUGAAGGCCUGGGACUGGAAGAGCUCUCCGCCCAAUGUGCAGGAGAAUGGCGUGUGGCCCGUGCGCGAUUGGGACGAGGUCAUUCAGGUCUACUGAGAACUGAGAACUUUCUAUUGCUGGCGAUAGACGUGGUCCAAAACACUCUGAGCAUCAUGGCUGCUAAUGUAAUGAUGGACACUACAUGUCUGCGCAGGAGUCUCCGCGUGUAUGAACUGUUACUCUAAUCUGUGUAUUGAAGCCAUGACCGGGUCGGCAUCAUUUCAAACAGCGAGGUUCAAAUGCCUGGAAAGAAAACAAUGAUACACCUGCUAUUCACACCACUUCCCUUAGUAGUACCUCAAACAGGAGUGGAAGAACCAAGAACUGCACUAAGGUUCCUACCUGUGUAAUACUUGUUUGUGUCAAUACCACAUAACUGGAAUUUUGUUUGGUCUGCCUGUAGUAGACAGGGCAAGGUAAUUUUCAGACUGCAUAAGCUUCCUACACAGGCAUAACAGUAAUAGAGGCAGAAAGAUGGCAAGAUGCUUGUAAUUGUAAAUUUAAAUAAUAAGUAAAAGCUGUUGGUUUCAAAAUAACCUUCAUUUUUUUUUUCUGUAUAUGUGUCCAUUAAGUAUAUAAGUCUGAACACUGUAGUCGUGUCAUUUUUAAAUAUGGCUGAUGUAAUGUUUAAACAAAUGUAUGAUAAGAGAACAAUGUGAAAUAAUGAAGAAUUGUAACAUUCGGUGGAUUUUGUGAGCCAGGUAGCACAGCUGGAUGUGAGAGUCCCAGCACAGCACAGACUGGGCCAUUAGCAACAUGGGGUCAAGGUGUCAUCUGAAGAGGCCCUUAAGAGUCCUUGUUAUGUUCAAAAAUGAAAUGCAGUUAACAGCUAAGCUUAAUGUUAAACUUAACAACUUGAUUCUCUGUUACUCUGUUGUCAUUUUUAGUUUGUUAUGAGGGCAGUAUAUAAUAUGAGAUAAGGGUUGUAUUUAAUACUUUCUAAUUGAAGUUUCUGUAAAGUUAUGUUUUUGGUAAGGAUGGUCGUCCUCCAUCAUAUGCACUAACAGCGACUUCAGUGAGUGUGGUGCAGUUGCAUGCUAACUCCUUUCAUUUGUUUGGUUUUAUCAUGGGUGCACACUUCUGUGCAUUAUGUAUUUUAUCAUUCCUUUUGACUGAAAUUUGAACUGAACCACCUCAGACUCCUGAGUAAAGUAUUCAUACUGUUAUUAAGAAACCCAUAUUCUGACCACUAAAGCACUGAAAAGAAACUAAAGCGUCUCAUAAUAAGAGAAUAGCCUGCCUUUGUUUGCAUGUUGUGUAGUUCUGUUCACUUUUUGCCACACCCUGCUUCACAAACGUUCAGAAAUCCUAUCCGCAGUCUCAGGUGCUAUUACAUUUAGUGACUGAUGUGGAAUGGGAGGUCACUGUUGUGGGUGCCAGCCAAAAGGAAAGUUUACAUUAAAACUAUCUGGUAAUGUGUGUCUUAUGUAUCUCAAAGGAACAGCUGAUAGCUGUUUGAAAUACCAAAAGCGCACACAUUUGCAUAAUGCCAUGUUUGACUAAUCUCAUCUUUCGCCAUUUGCUGUAAGUAAUAAUGUGUGUUGGGAUUUUUGUAAAUUUCAUUUUCCAAUGUCAGAAAUUAGUACUCAAUAAAUAUGACUACAAGGAAAUAUAAA